AUGGCGUUGCUGACAGUCACUUACCCGUUUUGGUACUAUUUUGACAAGUGGUUCGGCUCAGUUUUCAGGUAUCCUGCAACUGAGUUCCAAGUCACCCCUGGGGUCACGCCAAUGACCACGCUGGGGGCCACUAUUUCUGUGAUUGUCACUUACUACUGUGUAGUUCUUGGCGGACAGAAGCUCAUGAAAGGGCUCCCUGCGAUGAAACUGCAGACAGCAUUUAUUCUUCACAAUCUCAGCCUAACUGUGAUUAGUUCUCUUCUACUUAUCCUAUUCAUCGAGCAGCUACUGCCAACGCUCUGGAAGAAAGGACUAUUCACUGCCAUUUGCGAGGCUGAAGGAGGAUGGACCAGGGAACUGGUGGUGUUAUACUAUUUGAACUACAUUACCAAGUAUAUCGAGCUGCUUGAUACUGUGUUCUUGGUUCUUAAGAAGAAGCCACUGACAUUUCUUCAUACUUACCAUCAUGGGGCAACCGUUCUCUUAUGCUACACGGAACUCGUCGGCCAGACAUCAGUAUCAUGGGUUCCUAUAACCUUGAAUCUCACCGUCCAUGUGCUCAUGUAUUGGUACUACUUUCAGAGCGCUCGUGGAAUCCGCGUCUGGUGGAAGCAGUGGAUUACAGUGCUUCAAAUUAUACAGUUUAUCAUCGACAUUGGGUUUAUAUACUUUGCUUCAUAUACAUACUUCGCGUCUACAUACUUCCCAUGGGCGCCGAAUGCAGGUAGCUGCAUGGGAGAGGAGUAUGCAGCGGGUUUCGGGGUUUUUAUUAUCACCUCUUAUCUUCUGUUGUUCAUCUCAUUCUAUUUGACGACAUAUAAAUCUAAGGCUCCACAACUACGACGAAAUUUGAACGCUAUGGUAGAGGGAAAGAGGAUAUUCUAA